AUGGUUGAUUCCAACUCACCUAAAGAUUUUAAUACUCCUACAUCUCUGGCACUCAAUGCCAAGUCAGUCCAACCCAACCCCAUCCCUCCUACUCAAACAGCAGUCCCUCCUCAGGCACUUCAAGAAGUCUCUAAGAUGAUGGAGAUAGACCCUAAUGCUCUCCCUCUAAUUGUGAGCCAAAAUCAAAAUUCCAAUGAUUGUCUGCCUGAAUCCUCCAUCAUUAAAGCUAAAAGAUGGAAGAGGUCAUCCCAGAAGGAAGGUAGACUGCAAAGAAGUUCCUCUCCCAUCAUCAUUGUUGAACCAACCAAAGGUAGCAAGAGAGGAAGAUCAGAUCAAGUUACUCAAGGGGCAGAAAUACAUGGUGUUAGAAAUAUUGUACGUUCCGAAAAAUGGGAAAGGCAACAAGUCCCAUUACUAGAAUCUUCUCUACCACGAGGCCCGGUUCCACCAUCAAGUAGUUCAUCAUGCACGUACAUACCGGGCCAAGGCGGAGGCCCGUGCCCGUCUAUGGAAGCUUCUUCCACGGCCAAAGGUGGUGGCGUUAAUUAA